UUGAUAAACGAUUGCUAGGUUUGGACGCGGUUUCGCUCCGGAGGAAAAACACGCGUCGUGAACGGAAAAUCAAAAAUGUGACACUUUUCCUAUGAAAAAUAAUUCGUGACCGAGCAACUUUACCAAUUACCAAGUGCUGAAAGUCCGUGCUUGAUGGCUCCGCACUAGAACAAUGCCGUCGCCUCCGUCGGACGACCCCAUCUCCGUCGAAUGCGCCUCCAGCUCGCCCCUGUCAUCCUCAUGCAACCGCACCGCCACCUUCUUCUUCUCCUGCACCGACUCCAGUACGACCUUCGUCGACUUCUACUGCGAGUUCGACGCCAACACCACCCUCUGCACCGCCUGCGACCUGAACUCGACCCUGGACCUAGUGACAAACUUCACGGCUGAUUUCAGUGUUUCCGAUUUUAUUUUGCGUGUCGUGUCCAAUUACUCCGAGUGCAGUUUGGUUAAUCGCAGUGGGGGUGUGUUCUGGACGUGCGAAAAUGUCGCAGGAGAUAAGGGGGCGGAAUGGGGCGCGAAUUACGACUGGAGUUUUCUGUUCGUAGUGGUGUUUAUUUUGGCCGGAGGACUGGGAAAUAUCCUGGUGUGUCUGGCGGUUAUUUUGGACAGAAGGCUGCAGAAUGUGACCAAUUACUUCCUGCUGUCGCUGGCCAUCGCCGACCUUUUGGUCAGUCUCUUCGUCAUGCCGUUGGGGGCGAUCCCAGGAUUCCUCGGUAAGUGGCCCUUUGGCGUCGCCUGGUGUACCGUAUAUGUCACGUGCGACGUCCUCGCCUGUUCCGCGUCCAUCAUGCACAUGUGCUUCAUCAGCCUGGGUCGUUAUCUCGGCAUAAGAAACCCUCUCAAGACGCGCCACAGCACCACCACUCGGACGGUGGUAAUGAGGAUAUGUCUCGCCUGGCUGCUGUCGAUGCUAGUCUCGAGCUCGAUCACAGUCCUAGGCAUAAUCGACGCCCGCAACAUAAUGCCCGCCCCCGACUCGUGCGUGAUCAACAACCGGGCGUUCUGGGUGUUCGGCUCGCUGGUCACUUUCUACGUCCCGAUGGUGAUCAUGGUCGUAUCGUACGCCCUCACCGUCCAACUCCUCCGCAAGAAGGCGCGCUUCGCCGCCGACCACCCGGAAAACGAGCAAUUCCGGCGACUCGGGGGCCGCUUCGGGCCGAAGGACCGCACUCCGGCCAUGUGGAGGACUGCCGGUUCCGGGGAGAGGUCCGGGAAUAACAUCAGGAUUAGUUCGUCGCAUCAACAGCUCGCCUAUGCCAACGGCGGGAGUGGCACUGGGGCCGCUCCGGGCGCCCGGAAAGACCAAAGCACACAAACGCCGGAAAAUAUCGCCAGAGAGACGAGGAAUUGCAAGUUGAGGUCGCUGAAGCUGCAGCUCAAUAAUGUGCCGUCGAAUUUGUCCAAUUUCAGGCUCUUGGCCGGUCGUGUCAAGCGCAAAACUAUGGCAGCUAAUAGUGUCGCCACCGAGCAGAAGGCCUCCAAAGUACUCGGUUUGGUCUUCUUCACGUUCGUCCUCUGUUGGGCACCUUUUUUCAUCCUCAACAUCCUUUUUGCCGCUUGUCCUGACUGCGACGUCCCGGAACACGUCGUCGUCGUGUGUCUCUGGCUGGGAUACGUCAGCUCCACCAUCAAUCCCAUCAUUUAUACUGUGUUUAAUAAGACGUUUCGAGCGGCUUUCAUCCGCCUUUUACUAUGCAGAUGUCACAGACUUUCCAGACCGGUGAGGUACAGAUCGGUCAACGAAAACCGGGGGGCUGCCAGUCUGUGCACUCCUUCGGCCCUUCCAUUGGCUAUAAGUCUUCAAGGGACUCCUUUGCUAACUCCAGCUUCGACGGAAUCUUCCUACGUCAGGACCCCGUCGACGAAUUUCCGAGAAAGGGACGAUUCAUACGACGAUCAUGACUGUUGAACUUGUGUUUCACUGUUACCUGAAUCUCUCUUCAAGUAGUCGAAUUUAAUGUAAUUUCUCAACGGUCAAGAGAUGACUUAAUUAACCAAA